UACCAAUCACUGCAGGACUUUCUGAUGAGCAUGCUUUAUAUUGCAAAACCCCACACGGUUCAACUGGAGUGUGUAUUUCUUACGAUGAAUGCAGCUACACCAUGAAUAUGCUGAACAUAAGUCACAUUCUUGAAUAUGAAUGCAACCAAAAUCCAUAUCCAAGGUGGAACUUUUUCCAACCUGGAGGGAAGUUAAAGGUUUGUUGCCCAACCAUCGACAGCGUUAAUCCGUGCCAUCCGCAACAGGAAUCUAAUACUACUUUCGGAGGAGAGUCCCUAGACAUCAGAGAUUAUCCCUGGGUAGCCUUAAUCGUUUACAAAGACAGUAGGAUGCCAACCUGUGGCGGAUCGCUCAUAAAUUCGAAUCAUAUUUUGUCAGCUGCCCAUUGUUUCGAUGUGAAGUUAUUGCACCGAUAUGAGGUUCGAAUAAGUGAAAGGGACUGGUUCAAAAAAAGUAACUGCUCAGAGGAUGGAAGAAUUUGCCGAGAAAUUUUUGAAAUUAAAAACAUUUUCAUACAUGAAAAUUACACUAGUGCAUCGAGAUACGCAAAUAUCGCGGUAUUGAGGCUCGAGAAUCAUGUCAUUCACUUGGGAUACAUUAAGCCAAUUUGUUUGCCAUCCCGAAAAACUUUUCUGGAUAUGAACUUUAGUAGAGUGCGCCUCGAAACUGUUGGAUGGGGUGAAACAAAAAAUGAAAGAUAUAGUCAAGAAGUAAGAAGAAUAGAGCUUGGAUUCAGGUCGCUUGAAUUGUGUAAAAGUGUGUAUCACCUGGAAUUUCUCGAAGAUUACUCACAAUUCUGUGCCGGAGUUGAACAUGGAACGGAUUCUUGUGUUGGUGAUUCUGGUGGCUCGUUGAUGUAUCGUGAUGGAGAUCAUUGGGUUCAGCUAGGUCUUGUUAGUUUUCGACCAGAUGAUUGUGCUCAACAUGGUGUUCCUGCUGUUUAUACAAGUGUUGUCUACUACGCCAAAUGGAUUGUAGAUACUGUUCUGCGUGAAUAAGAAAAAAAGUCAGGCUGCGUAUUCCACAUUUUUUACAGAACUCAGAAAAUUCGUAUUCCCAAUCAGGAUCCAGCGUAAACAGGCGCCUAAAAAACUCAGGUUCGGAUAAGUGAAUGGGAUUGGCUCAGCAAAAACAACUGUUCAAAGGAUGAAACGGUUUGCCGUCAAAUUUUGGAAACUGAAGAAAUUUUUAUACAUCAAAAUUACAUACUAUAUCGCAAUAUCUCAUUUAACGAUAUCGCAGUAUUGAGACUUAAAAAUUUAGUGGACCCCUUCAAUUACAUUAAGCCAACUUGUUUGCCAUCGCGUGAAAGUUUCAGAAGUCUGGAGUUCAAUGGAUUGCGACUCGAAGCUUUUGGAUGGGGCGAAACGGAAGAUAAUGUAUUAAGUCGACAACUAAGAAAGGUAGAGCUCGAAGGCAGAUCGCUUUAUUCCUGCGGGAGCACUGUGAAAAAUGAAAAAGACUCUAGAAAGCUAGAGAGGUCCAAACUUUGUGCUGGAGGUUACAAUGGAAAGGAUUCAUGUUUGAGCGAUUCUGGUGGUCCAUUGAUGUAUAAUGUUGGAGAUCAUUGGGUUCAGUUGGGCAUCGUUAGCUACGGAGCUACGUGUGGCAGGGCACCUGCUGUUUAUACCAAUGUUUUUUACCACCUCAACUGGAUCGUAGAUGUAGUUCAGGGUGGAAUAAAGAACGAGCAUAUAACAACAACUUCUUUACCGAGCACCACCACUGAGUACAAAUACCAGGCGAUUGCGAAUGCUUACACUACGAAAAUGCCAAGUCGACAGGCUUUCAGAACUUUCACUGGUACCAUCUACGCCUGAUUCAGCUAAAAGAAUAAUUCAUCUCGAAAAAAACAAAAAAAAAUCCGGAACCAACUUUAACAAGCAAAUACCAACCUGUACGUUUCUGAGUAACAUUUUUUUUAUUUUUAGGACACCGAACUUUUUGAAAAGAUUUCUAAAACGCUUAUAAGUGUGAACGGACCACUCCCCAGUAGAUUUUGAAGAGUCAAACGAAAAUUAAUCAUAUAAAAUUCGAGUUUAAAAAAACAAAGAGCUAUUUCAAGAUUGUAUUUUUUUAAGUGUAUUUUAUCUUACUCAAACAUCAUCUAAAUAAAGUCAUUAUAAUA